AUGCUCAUUUGGAAACAUCUAGCCUUUUUGGCUUUAGUCUUACAUCCUGGAUCAGCCACUGAGAAUAACUGCUCAUCAGUCUAUAACAGAAUUCCUGGUGAGUUCUUCAGUAUUCCAAUAUUCAAAGCUAUCUUCAUCCCUGUCCACCCGUCCACUAACCCUGUCCCUCUACCUGCAGUCAACAGUGACUUGACCGUGGACUGUGGGCCCGAUAUCAUCACGCUGGAGGUGAAUCAGUGCACAGCUCAGUGGGCUGGCUUCAAUUACACAGGUCUGGCUAUGAAUGGACAGUACAAUAACAGCUUGUGCCUCGGAAUCAUGGACUCCAGCGUGGAUCCACCUGUUGUCCGACAGAUUGUGGAUGAAAGCCCGGGGUCUGGCGUGUUCAGCUCAUUCUCCAGUAUCCAGUCAGUGAUCAUAACAGGCUUUAUUGACACACCCCGCACCUCCGAGGGCGUCAUCAGUUACUCCACUGACCUGUACUACCACUUCUCCUGCCGCUAUCCUCUGGAGUACUUCAUCAACAACACACAGAUAGUGGCGUCCUCUGUUUCUGUGGCAACCAAGGGGAAUAAUGGAACCUUCAUUAACACCCUCAGCAUGAGUGUCUAUAAUGAUUCUGAUUAUAAUAAUCCUCUGGUAGUUCCAGAGGCAGGACUGGCUUUGCGCACUAAGAUCUUUGUUGAAGUCAAGGCCACAAACCUCAGCGGGAGUUGCAACAUAAACUCAAGAACCACAGUCGAGCUGAAUGGGAGGGAUCUUCUCUCGCGGUUCUAUUUCGAUGCAUUCCGUUUUGUGGAACACCACAGUCAGCAGAAGUCCAGCCUGUACCUUCACUGUAUUGUGCGACUCUGUGAGCCAACCAAGUGCCAAGAGCUUCUGAACGCGUGCAAUGGGAACAUGAGAAAAAGGAGGGAAGUUGUGGAGCCUUUUGGUUCUGAGGCGUCCGAGUCUAGCACCGUCUCUGUGGGGCCAAUCUUCACCAGGGACAAUGAUGCAGUUGAUCAGGCCUCCUCCCCAGAAUCUGGUAUUGGUGCUCAGCAGGGUGAGAGAAGUGAGAGCAACACAGGCUUAGCUGUUGGGCUGGUUUUUGGUUGUGGAGCGACUGUGCUGCUUGUCUUAGGAAGCUGGUUUGUGGUGAAGAAGUUUUGGAUGGGUGGCAGGAUUGGUUCCUUUCGCUAA